AACAGGUCAGAGUUCAUUACAGACCUCAUACUGAAGUCUUCAAAUGUUCACUGAAGAAGACCCGACCAUAAACUGAUGCAACAAUGGUUUAAAGAAGGCUUGACAGUCUUCGGGUGUCUCCGUCCACAUCGAUCCGAAGAGUCACUUCACUGGCUGACCAUGUAGAUCAAUCCCUAGCAGGGUGACCACUGGGCUACGAGACGCCAACCAGGGGUAGAACAUCAGGAAUGAGGAAGUAGGUCCAUAUUAGAGACGAUCAGACUGGGAACUCAGAACACUGGGAGCUCGGGAGUAGCAGAUACACAAAGAUCGGCUAUGCCGGAAACACCGAGCCACAGUUCAUCAUGCCAUCCUGCAUUGCGAUCAGAGAGACUGCUGGAGUUGGAGACCAGGCUCAGAGACGCCUCAUGAAGGGAGUGGAUGAUCUGGAUUUCUUCAUCGGUGACGAGGCGAUCGACAAACCCAACUAUGCAACCAAGUGGCCAAUCAGACACGGUAUCAUCGAGGACUGGGAUCUGAUGGAGAAGUUUAUGGAGCAGAUUAUUUUUAAAUACCUCCGUGCUGAGCCAGAAGACCACAACUUUCUUGUGACUGAACCUCCUCUCAACACACCAGAGAACAGAGAAUAUUUAGCCGAGAUCAUGUUUGAGACCUUCAACGUUCCGGGACUUUACAUCGCUGUCCAGGCUGUUCUGGCCCUAGCGGCCUCGUGGACAUCCAGGCAGGUGGGACAGCGAACGCUAACAGGAACCGUUAUAGACAGUGGAGACGGAGUCACGCAUGUGAUACCUGUGGCUGAGGGCUAUGUGAUCGGGAGCUGUAUAAAGCACAUCCCUAUAGCAGGCCGAGACAUCACCUACUUCAUCCAGCAGAUCCUCAGAGACAGAGAGGUCGGGGUUCCUCCUGAACAGUCUCUGGAGACCGCAAAGGCAGUAAAGGAGAGGUACUGCUACAUCUGCCCAGACAUUGCAAAAGAGUUCACGAAGUAUGACACGGACCCCGCGAAAUGGAUAAAGAAAUACAAAGGCAUCAACGCCAUCACCAAAAAUGACUUUCACAUAGAUGUGGGAUAUGAGCGCUUCCUCGGACCAGAGAUUUUCUUCCAUCCGGAGUUUGCCAACCCGGAUUUCAUGGAUUCCAUUUCCGACGUGGUCGAUGAGGUCGUUCAGAGCUGUCCGAUAGACGUGAGAAGACCUCUUUACAAGAAUAUAGUGCUCUCUGGAGGAUCUACUAUGUUCAGGGACUUUGGUCGACGGCUACAAAGGGAUCUGAAGCGUGUAGUCGAUGCCAGACUUCGACUCAGUGAGGAGCUCAGCGGAGGCCGGAUAAAGCCAAAACCAAUGGAGGUCCAGGUGAUCACGCAUCAUAUGCAGAGAUACGCCGUCUGGUUUGGGGGGUCUAUGUUGGCCUCCACGCCCGAGUUCUUCCAGGUGUGUCACACGAAGAAAGACUACGAAGAGCGCGGUCCAAGUAUCUGUCGCCAUAAUCCGGUGUUCGGGAUCAUGUCCUAACCCUGGACUCUUAUUGUAGAUGCAGUUCUGUGAAUUCACCGCUGUGAUCAUGUCUCUACGUCUAUCGACUCCAAAAUUAUUUAUUAGAAGACAUAAAUUUCACAUCCAUGACAGAAAAUAUAGACGAGACGUCGUGUCCUCUUCAGCUUCCUGCACUUGUAAUAGCACGGCGUCAAUAUCCGAAAAACAUAUAUUACAUUUACGGCAUUUAGCAGACACCCUUAUCCAGAGUGACUUACAACUGAGGGUUAAGGGCCUUGCUCAGGGGCCCAGCAGUGGCAGCUUGGUGGACCUGGGGUUCGAACCCGUGACCUUCUGAUCAGUAGCCCAACACCUUAACCACUGAGCUACCACAUCCCCCAUAUACCCAUGUAAGAGAAGCCAUACACUGAUGACUGUUUCCUGUCCUCACUUUUGUGUGAUGGGGAAUUUUAAGGACAGUUUUAUGCAGCUGUUUUCGCACGUGGAUUGAAGCUUGUUGUGAAGACUUCAAGAUGAAGCAAGAUUUCGACAAUUACAUUAUAUUUGUAACAGAGACGACGAGACGGAGACGGGAUAAAUGCUCACGUUAAAUAAUGCAUGGGUUUGAAAUGAUAUAUUCUUACAGGAGAGAUGGAAGGAAGGAGAAAGAGUGUUUAUUUAACUAUUUCAGUACCUAUAGAAAUGUAUAAACAUUUAUAAUUAGAUGUGUAUUUUUAAUCGUCGAGUUGAACAUUGACCGACGUGGUUUCGAUUUCGAGCGAGAUUAAAGGAGAACUCUGCUGUUCAAACCAGAGUGAACAUCUUUUAAAGUACAAAAUUGAUCUGCCUCUAAAUAUGUCUAUGAAUUCUCUCUCUCUCUCUCUCUCUCUCUCUCUCUCUCUCUCUCUCUAUUUUAAGAUUUUGAUAUUCUCGUGUAUUUCUGUUAUUACGGUAACAGACGAUGAAGAUGAAGAGUAACUCUCUGUCGUCGAAGUCGUGGCCUAAUGGUUAGAGAGUCUGACUCCUAACACUAAGGUUGUGGGUUCGAGUCUCGGGCCGGCAAUACCACGACUGAGGUGCCCUUGAGCAAGGCACCGAACCCCCCCCAACUGCUCCCCGGGCGCUGCAGCAUACAUGGCUGCCCAGUGCUCCGGGUGUGUGUUCACGGUGUGUGUGUGUGUUCACUGCUGUGUGUGUGUGCACUUUGGAUGGGUCAAAUGCAGAGCACGAAUUCCUUGUAUGGGUCGCCGUAUGUCACGUCUCUUUCACUUUCACAGCACUGAGCUGGGUUUAAAUGACUAUCCAGAAUGUUUAACUCUUUAAAAUUGUUCUUUCCUCCUGUUUUGACUGAAAGUCUUCCUCAUGUCUCACUUCGCACUGGUGUUAAUACGAAGCUCAUAUGAAUG